AUGAAGAAGUUAGAGGCUCUAAGCACUAAGCUGGCAGGCCGUGGAAAAUGGAACCCGUCCUUUCUCAUCCGAAGCAAGGAGACGAGGCGGCCGACCACCAAAUCCACGUUUCCUUAUAAUUGGAGGUAUCUCUUUUCCCGAGAUAGGACAUAUUGUGAAGCUGCAGCUAUUCUGGAGGGACUAGAAUUCGCUGAAGGUGUUCCUCAUGUACUCAUCGAAAUAGAUUCUAAAUUACUGAUAGAUACAGUCAACAAGGAUUCUCAAAGAAUCUUUUUGCUUAUUCGAGAUAUUCAUGCUCGCAUGUACUCCAUGACUCUUGUGAUCCGCAUAUGCAGUGUUGAUGCCAUGGGGAGAAUGGUGAAGGUGGGGCCAUGGGGUGGCAACGGAGGGAAUGCGUGGAAUAUGGGACAAGCCGACCACAUUACCAAACUUCGAAUCUAUUACGGAGAUAACAUUGUGGGGUUGGAGAUUACCUACAUUCUUAACGGUAAUCCCCACACCGGCAAAUAUGGAACCACCACCGGCCCAUCCGAGGAGAUCAUCCUCGAGGAGGACGAGUACUUCACUUCUAUCUCCGGAUAUUUUCAUGCAUUAUCCAAUUAUCAGGGACAUGCAAUUGUGAUGUUGCUUACUCUUGAUACUAACAAGGGUGCAUCCAUAAGUGUAGGCAACAAGAUUGGCAGUUCAUUCGCCCUUACUUUAGAGGAGGGGAGUAAGAUUCUGGGCUUCUUUGGGCGAGCUGGUACAGCCAUUGACGCUAUUGGAAUCCGCUGCUCAUUGCCAAACUAA